UCAGCGCACGUUAGUGAACAUCAAUGCUUCCCCUCCCAUCUUCAUCUUCCUCUUUCUCUUCUCUUUCCCCUUCUUAUCCUACGCACCGCUCUGUUCUCUUACCCUUGCUCCUUCUAGGGUUAGGGUUCUUCUUCUCCUCUUCCUCCAUGCUUCGUCCCAGAAUUAGGGUUAGUUCCUUCGCAUCGUAGUCGCGUCGCAGCACAUGGAUCACAGAACGAAACCCAAGGAAUCCCUCUCCUACUCCACUCUCUUCAAUCUCGAGUCUUUGAUGAACUUUCAACUUCCAGAACAAGAUGAUGAUUUUGAUUAUUAUGGGAAUAGUAGUCAGGGUGAGAGCAGAGACAGCCAAGGUGGGACGAUUGCAAAUCACAGUAAUGGGAAUAUGCGUGGGAGGGAGGUGAAUUUGUUGAAGAAGAGGAGGGGGUCUCAAGAUAGUGACAACGAGGAAAAGAGCAGUUUUAACGGGACACACAUGACGGAGGAGCGAUAUCGAUCAAUGCUUGGAGAGCAUAUUAAGAAGUACAAGAGGAGGUUGAAGGACACCUCGACUAGUCCUGCACAAAAUCAGGUUGCUGUUCCACUUGUCAAAAGUAACUCAGGAUUAAAAGCUCGCAAGUCGGGGAAUGAGCGCCGGGUAGGAUUACGUGCUGCUGAGACUACAUCUGAAUGGAUGAAUGAUUCCAAUUCUCAGAAACCAGGAAACUAUCGUGAUGCAGAUUUCACGCAGCAAUAUGGCGCUGAUAGGAUUAUGUAUGAACCUGCAUCUUUGGAUAUUGGGGAUGGUAUCACUUACAAGAUUCCUCCAAUUUAUAAUAAGUUGGCAGCAACACUGAAUCUUCCAAGCUUCUCAGAUAUCCAUGUGGAGGAUUUUUACUUAAAGGGUACCUUAGAUUUGGGCUCCUUGGCUGAAAUGAUGGCAUCUGAUAAAAGGUUUGGGAAUAGAAACCGAGCCUGUAUGGGGGAAACAAUAUCCCAAUAUGAAUCACUUCAGGCACGACUAAAGGUCAUGUCAGCUUCUAAUUCAGCUCAUAAAUUCAGUCUGAAAGUUUCUGAUGUUGGUUUGGAUUCCUCCAUUCCGGAGGGGGCAGCUGGAAGGAUAAAGCGAUCUAUUUUGUCCGAGGGUGGUGUAUUGCAGAUUUAUUAUGUGAAGGUUUUGGAGAAAGGUGACGCCUAUGAGAUCAUUGAAAGAAGCCUACCUAAGAAGCAAAAGGUAGAGAAAGACCCUGCUUUGAUAGAGAAGGAGGAAAUGGAAAGAUUUGGAAAGAUUUGGGUAAAUAUUGUAAGAAGAGACAUACCAAAGCAUCAUAGGAACUUUACUACUUUUCAUCGAAAGCAGCUCAUCGAUGCCAAGAGGUUCUCAGAGAACUGUCAAAGAGAGGUUAAAAUAAAAGUUAGUAGAUCGCUUAAGUGGGUGAAGACUGCGAGUAUGCGCACCCGGAAACUAGCUAGGGACAUGUUACUGCUCUGGAAACGAAUAGAUAAGGAGAUGGCAGAAGUGAGGAAGAAAGAGGAAAAAGAAGCUGCUGAAGCUUUGAGGCGUGAACAGGAGCUCCGAGAAGCAAAGAGGCAACAGCAAAGGCUUAAUUUUCUUAUACAACAAACUGAGCUGUACAGUCACUUUAUGCAGAACAAGUCAAACAUACCAUCUUCAGAAGCUUUACCUACGGUUGAUGAAAAUACAAAUGAUCAAGAUGCAGUAAUCGACUCUUCAGAUGCUGGGCCUAAUGAGGAGGAAGAUCUUGAAGAGGUUGAAUUGAAGAAGGAAGCUUUGAAGGCUGCUCAAGAAGCAGUAUCUAAGCAGAGAAGGUUGACAGAUGCUUUUGAUACUGAAUGCUUGAGGCUGCGACUGGCUGGUGAAACUGAUUCACUUCCAUCAGAAGUUGCUGGAGCGAGUAAUAUUGAUUUGCAAACCCCCUCAACCAUGCCAGUGGCAUCCACGGUUCGGACACCAGAUUUAUUUAAAGGUUGUCUCAAAGAAUAUCAGCUAAAAGGUCUUCAGUGGCUAGUUAAUUGUUACGAGCAGGGUUUAAAUGGUAUUCUUGCUGAUGAGAUGGGACUUGGAAAGACCAUUCAGGCUAUGGCUUUUUUAGCUCAUUUAGCUGAGGAGAAAAACAUAUGGGGACCUUUUCUGGUUGUUGCACCCUCUUCUGUAUUAAAUAAUUGGAAUGAGGAACUUGAGCGCUUCUGCCCCGAACUGAAAAGACUUCCUUAUUGGGGUGGGCUUCCAGACCGGGCAGUGCUUAGGAAAAGUAUUAACCCAAAGGAUCUUUAUCGUAGGGAAGCUAAAUUUCACAUUCUCAUCACAAGCUACCAGCUAUUAGUAACUGAUGAGAAGUUUUUUCGGCGUGUGAAAUGGCAAUAUAUGGUUUUAGAUGAAGCCCAGGCAAUCAAAAGUUCAAACAGCAUAAGAUGGAAGACACUCCUCAGUUUCAAUUGUCGGAAUCGCCUACUGCUGACUGGUACACCUAUUCAGAAUAAUAUGGCAGAGUUGUGGGCUCUUCUGCACUUCAUAAUGCCAACUUUAUUUGACAGCCAUGAGCAGUUUAAUGAGUGGUUUUCGAAAGGAAUUGAGAACCAUGCAGAACAUGGGGGUACUUUGAAUGAGCACCAACUUAAUCGAUUGCAUUCAAUUCUAAAGCCUUUCAUGCUGCGACGUGUCAAAAAAGAUGUAAUUUCUGAGUUGACUACAAAAACUGAGGUUACUGUGCAUUGCAAGUUGAGUUCUCGGCAGCAGGCUUUCUAUCAAGCAAUUAAGAACAAGAUAUCUCUUUCUGAGCUGUUUGAUAGUAAUCGAGGACAGCUCAAUGAGAAGAGAAUUCUAAAUUUAAUGAACAUUGUUAUUCAACUAAGGAAGGUGUGCAACCAUCCAGAGUUGUUUGAAAGGAGUGAGGGAAGCACAUACCUUUACUUUGGAGAUAUUCCGAAUUCCCUUCAACCUGCUCCAUUUGGGGAGUUGGAAGACAUAUAUUAUUCUGGUGGUCACAACCCCAUAUCAUAUGAGAUACCAAAACUUGUCUAUCAAGAAAUUAUGCAAAGUUCUGAAACUCUCAGUCCAGCUGUUGGCAGUGGUGUCUGCAGAGAAUCUUUUCAGAAAUAUUUUAAUAUUUUUAGACCACAAAAUAUCUAUCGAUCUGUCUUCUCAGAAGACAUGCAUGUUCAAAGUGGAAACUUUGGUUUUACCCAUUUGAUGGAUUUGUCUCCGCCAGAGGUGACAUUUCUGGCUACUGGUUCUUUUAUGGAGCAACUAUUAUUUUCUAUGAUGAGAUGGGAACGAAAAUUCAUGGAUGAAGUUGUAGACUUUCUUACGGAGACCAUAGAUGAUGAUCCAGAAUUUAGUAACCUUGAGAAAGGAAAAGUAAGAACUGUUACACGGAUGUUAUUGGUGCCAUCUAGAUCUGAGGCUAAGUUUCUUCAAAGAAGAUUUCCAACUGGGCCUAGCCAUGCUCCUUUUGAGGCCUUGGUUGUCUCGCAUCGAGAUAGGCUUUUAUCAAAUGCGAGGCUUCUGCACUCAGCUUACACAUAUAUCCCACAAAGUAGAGCUCCCCCAAUUGGUGCGCAUUGCUCGGAUAGAAACUUCUACUAUAAAAUGAUUGAAGAAUUACAUGAUCCCUGGGUUAAGAGGUUGUUUGUGGGAUUUGCACGUACGUCUGAUUGUAAUGGACCUAGAAAGCCAGAUUUUCCUCAUCAUUUAAUACAAGAGAUAGAUUCUGAACUACCUGUUUCUCAGCCUGCUCUUCAAUUAACGCACAGUAUUUUUGGUUCUUCUCCGCCUACGCGGAAUUUUGACCCAGCAAAAUUGCUCACUGACUCUGGGAAGCUUCAAACACUUGAUAUAUUAUUAAAACGCUUGAGAGCAGGAAAUCAUCGUGUACUCUUGUUUGCUCAGAUGACCAAGAUGCUAAAUAUUUUGGAGGACUAUAUGAACUAUAGAAAAUAUAAGUAUUUUAGACUUGAUGGAUCAUCUACUAUUCAGGAUCGCAGAGACAUGGUCAGGGACUUUCAGCAUAGGGCUGAUAUUUUUGUGUUCUUACUGAGUACAAGAGCUGGUGGAUUGGGUAUCAACUUGACAGCUGCCGACACAGUCAUAUUUUAUGAGAGUGAUUGGAAUCCAACAUUGGAUCUACAGGCAAUGGACAGAGCUCAUCGUUUGGGUCAGACAAAAGAUGUUACUGUUUACCGACUUAUAUGUAAAGAGACAGUUGAAGAGAAGAUUCUUCAUAGAGCUAGUCAGAAAAGUACUGUACAAAACCUCGUCAUGACUGGUGGUUCUGUUGGUGGAGAUCUUUUAGCUCCUGAGGAUGUUGUAUCUUUGCUUCUGGAUGAUGUUCAGUUGGAGCAGAAAUUAAAGGAUAUCCCUCUACAGGUAAAGGAUAAGCAAAUGAAAAAACAACCUUCGAAGGGUAUUUGGUUAAAUGAAGAAGGUGAUGCAUCUCUGGAAGAUCUAACAAACUCUGUAGCCCAGGGUACUCCAGAUUAUGAUAUUUCCAAGGACCCAGAGGGAUCAAAAUCCAGUAAUAAAAAGAGAAAAGCUGCCUCAGAUAAGCAAACUUCUAGACCAAAGAAUUAUCAGAAGAUGAGUGAAUUGGGUACCACAGCUAUGGACGACGAAUUGGAUGAUGUCCACCUAAAUACCGAUUCAAUGGGUCAGAAGCCCAAGAGACCAAAGAGGAUAAAGAAGAGUGUGAAUGAAAAUUUUGAUGAGGCUUUUACUCGGACAGAUACCGUGGUCUCAGAGCAGACCCAAUUUCCACCUCCGCGUGAUUUCAGUGCUGGAGGUUCUAAAGCAGAAUCAGGCCAAGACACCUGAAGAAUUAGUGACAGAUACCUCACCAUAGUAUUUAACCAAGAACUGGGGAGUCACUGUUCUAUCAGCCCUGUGGAUUGACAUUUUUGGGGAGACUGGUUAAUUGGCUUUCAUAAUUGAUCAACAGUUGCUAGUUCCCUUUUCAUUGGACCUUUUCUGACUGCAAAUGGUGGCAUCAAACUUGAGCCAAGACAAGGGAAGCUGUAUGAUAUCCUAGGUUGUAUGUAUAUUGUAGUCCCAAAUAUAUGUUGAUUAUAGAUCUGCCCCUCUUCCACUGUGUACAGGGCUUCGUGGUAUGUACAGAUUGGCCUAUCCUUGCUAGGGUUGAUUUUUUUUAUUAUUAUUUAUUUAUUUUGCCACAAGCAAAAUUUUUAACUUAAAUAAUUAAUUUUCA